AAGAAAAUAACAACCAAAGAGAGAGUGCCUUUCUUUAAAGAUGGGAUUGAGAAUUGUGAAUAAAAAAAGUUACCCAAAAGUGGGUGUGAGGCAGAGAGAGAGCGGUGAAGAAGAGACGAGUGAGAGCGACAAGUUUGACAUCAACAUCGAUUGAUCGGCAAAAAAUUUCCCAAUUCCCUUCCAAACCCAAUACGGUAGAGAUGAAAGGGUGCUUUCAAUUUCAAUUUUGAGGCCGUGAUUUUUAGUCUGCCAUAGCUGGCCAAGAGCUGGCCUCCCCCUCUUUAUAGACCCAGUUGCCUUGUCUUUGUGACUCUCCUUCUCUCUUCCACGCCCUCAUACAAUUUCCCCUUUCUGUGUGGCCCCUUCUAAUUCUCCCUGGAUUUGUGGGUCAACUCCAUUGUUAUCUCUUUUUCUCUGGGUGUUGCUGAUUCUCAGCUCCCAAGGAGGAAAUGAGUGUUUCCAGGUUUAUUAAGUGUGUUACCGUUGGCGAUGGUGCUGUUGGGAAGACUUGUAUGCUUAUCUCCUACACCAGCAACACUUUCCCCACCGAUUACGUGCCGACCGUUUUCGACAAUUUUAGUGCAAAUGUAGUUGUGGAUGGCAGUACUGUCAACCUGGGCUUGUGGGAUACUGCUGGCCAGGAAGAUUACAAUAGGUUGAGACCGUUGAGCUACCGUGGAGCCGAUGUAUUUCUCUUAGCGUUCUCGCUCAUAAGCAAGGCUAGCUAUGAAAAUGUGGCUAAGAAAUGGAUUCCUGAACUGAGGCACUAUGCUCCUGGUGUACCAGUUAUUCUUGUUGGGACUAAGCUUGAUCUUCGAGAAGAUAAACAGUACCUGAUCGAACACCCGGGGGUAGUCCCCAUUACCACGUCCCAGGGGGAGGAACUCAGAAAACUAAUCGGUGCCCCAGUUUACAUCGAAUGCAGUUCGAAAACACAGCAAAAUGUGAAAGCCGUGUUCGAUGCAGCGAUCAAAGUGGUUCUCCAGCCUCCAAAGCGGAAGAAGCGAAAGAAGCGAAAGGCACAGAAGUCGUGUUCUAUAUUAUGAUGCAAAAUUAGUCGUUCGUAUCACAACCGGUUAGAACUCGAAGACGUAUUAGUAAGCUACUACUCAUCAUUUAGCCCCUAACUAUCACUAUAUAUAUGAGUUAUAUUUUCAAAUCGUCCUUGACGCAACCCCGCGAUCGAGCGAGCAGCAAAUCUCAUCGUCUGUGCUAUGAUUUGUAAAAAGUGUUAUGAAUUCAUCUGUUUGUAAUAUGCGUGCUGAUAGUAUAUGUUCGAGUUUAGAUAUCGUCUAUGAAACUGAUUCUCGAGUUAGUAUCGUGUAGCUCGACACUGUAUGUCGUCCUGCUUCGAUAUAUUGUAAUGUUCUUGGACGCUUUUCGUCUACCAGCUGUGCUGGUUAGAAAGCUUUCCAUUGAUUGACAUUUAGAAACUUUGGUUUUUCUGGCUUUGGAUUAAUGUUGACUGAACAAUAUAUUAUAGGCUUGUAAUAUGAACUGAUUUUCGAGCA